AUGAAUGCAGUGAAUGUCCUGUAUCAAGCUGUGGGUGCAGCGAAUGUCCUGUAUCAAGCUGUGGGUGCAGCGAAUGUCCUGUAUCAAGCUGUGGGUGCACUGAAUGCAGUGAAUGUCCUGUAUCUAGCUGUAGGUGCAGUGAAUGUCCUGUAUCAAGCUGUGGGUGCAGUGAAUGUCCUGUAUCAAGCUGUGGGUGCAGCGAAUGUCCUGUAUCAAGCUGUGGGUGCAGCGAAUGUCCUGUAUCAAGCUGUGGGUGCAGUGAAUGUCCUGUAUCAAGCUGUGGGUGCAGUGAAUGCCCUGUAUCAAGCUGUGGGUGCAGUGAAUGUCCUGUAUCAAGCGGUGGGUGCAGUGAAUGCCCUGUAUCAAGCUGUGGGUGCAGUGAAUGUCCUGUAUCAAGCUGUGGGUGCAGUGAAUGCCCUGUAUGAAGCUGUGGGUGCAGUGAAUGCCCUGUAUGAAGCUGUGGGUGCAGUGAAUGCCCUGUAUGAAGCUGUGGGUGCAGUGAAUGUCCUGUAUCAAGCUGUGGGUGCAGUGAAUGCCCUGUAUGAAGCUGUGGGUGCAGUGAAUGCCCUGUAUGAAGCUGUGGGUGCAGUGAAUGCCCUGUAUGAAGCGGUGGGUGCAGUGAAUGCAGUGAAUGCCCUGUAUCAAGCGGUGGGUGCAGUGAAUGUCCUGUAUCAAGCGGUGGGUGCAGUGAAUGCCCUGUAUCAAGCUGCGGGUGCAGUGAAUGCCCUGUAUCAAGCUGCGGGUGCAGCGAAUGUCCUGUAUCAAGCUGCGGGUGCAGUGAAUGUCCUGUAUCAAGCUGUGGGUGCAGUCAAUGUCCUGUAUCAAACUGUGGGUGCAGUCAAUGUCCUGUAUCAAGCUGUGGGAGCAGUGAAUGCAGUGAAUGUCCUGUAUCAAGCUGUGGGUGCAGCGAAUGUCCUGUAUCAAGCUGUGGGUGCAGCGAAUGUCCUGUAUCAAGCUGUGGGUGCAGUGACUGUCCUGUAUUAA